UCGAGUCCCUGGAGGCUGGGGAAGGGGUGACCUUCCCCGGGGGCCGGGAGACGGGCCUCCGUGUCAGGACGGCGAGGGUUUGUUCGCUGUUCCCGGAGCGGCAUGGGCCCGGGGCCCCCGGGAGACAACAGGCACCGCUAGGCCAGGGCUGCCCCAGCGCUGCUCGGAAGAGGCCUCGGGCUGCUCUCCCGCCCCGAGACCAGGUCCUGAUGGUCGUACUGAGGACACGGUGCAGCGGGAGUGCCCAGCUCCUGCCCUCGCAGCCCGGCGCCGUGGACCCCACUGCGCCUUUCCUGGAGCUCGUUCACUGCCUCGGUUGCCUCCGUCACUCCUCGGCAGGAAGGUCCCUGUUGCUGUCCCUUCCCUUCAGAGCUGGCCCAGGGGUGCCCCCUGCCUGUGGCACGGGUCUCCCGGUGCCCCAGAGCCCCACUGUCCAGCCCUGUCCCCAGGACUGCGAUGACCUGCAGGACGGUGGCCGCUGCAGGCUGCCCGGUGCCCUGCCACUGGCCCUUUCCUCGGAACCCACCCAGUGCUGGGCACCCUGGAACUCGGGAGAAGGCCUCGGUACCCGCCAGGCCCAGUACUACAGCCAGGGGGCCUCCCCACUGGAAAUGCAGACCCCCGAACACCAGGCACGUUCCUGCUGGCUGGCACUGGGGAGUCCCACUGGCGCCACGCCAGUCACUGUUCAGAAUUAAACCUUCCUCGACCCAGUCCUGGGGCCUCCGAGUACGCGUGUCUCCUUCUGUGCCUCCAGCUGAGCAGCUGCACAGGGACUGCGGGUAUGUCAGGGAUGUACCUGUCACCCUGAUCCUCCAGGGCAGACCACGCAGGUGGAGGUUUCAACGCAGGAGAAGCUGGAAUGAGCCCGAGUUUACCAAAACCUACUGAAAUGAUCCCCUGAUGCUCUGCAGCUGCCGUGCGCUGCAGGGAGCUGUGUGAGGUGUGCACGUGAGAGGAAUGUGAAUCUCAGAUGGCGGAGCAGCCUGCAGAGCGGCCCCAGAGAGGGCCCAGGGGAGUCUAGACGCUCCUGCCCAGCCGCCCCACGCCAUGGAGCCCCCGACGUACAGCUGCUUUGUGGACCGGGAGAAGAUGGAGGCGGCCGUGCAGGACCUGGGGCCCCGGGAGCUGAGCUGCCUGGAGCUGCAGGAGCUGAAGCAGCUGGCACGCCAGGGCUACUGGGCGCACAGCUACCGCCUGCGGGGCCGCGUGUACCAGCGCCUCAUCCAGGACAUCCCCUGCCGCACCGUCACGCCCGACGCCAGCGUGUACAGCGACAUCGUGGGCAAGAUCGUGGGCCAGCACAGCGCCGGCAGCCUGCCCCUGCCCGAGUUCGUGGACAACACCCAGGUGCCCAGCUACUGCCUGAACGCGCAGGGCGAGGGCGCCGUCCGCAAGAUCCUGCUGUGCAUCGCCAACCAGUUCCCCGACAUCUCCUUCUGCCCCGCGCUGCCCGCCGUGGUGGCGCUGCUGCUCCACUACAGCGCCGAUGAGGCCCAGUGCUUCGAGAUGGCCUGCCGCAUCCUGGCCUGCAAUGACCCGGGCCGCCGGCUCAUCGACCAGAGCUUCCUGGCCUUCGAGUCCUCCUGCAUGACCUUCGGGGACCUGGUAAACAAGUACUGCCAGGCGGCGCACAAGCUGAUGGUGGCUGUGUCCGAGGACGUGCUGCAGGUGUACGCCGACUGGCAGCGCUGGCUCUUUGGGGAGCUGCCGCUCGGCUACUUCGCCCGAGUCUUCGACGUGUUCCUGGUGGAGGGCUACAAGGUCCUGUACCGCGUGGCCCUCGCCCUCCUCAAGUUCUUCCACAAGGUGCAGUCAGGCCAGCCCCCGGGCCCAGACAACGUGCGGCAGGACAUCCGCGCCUUCGUCAGGGACAUCGCCAGGACCGUGUCCCCGGAGAAGCUGCUGGAGAAGGCCUUCGCCAUCCGCCUCUUCUCGCGGAAGGAGAUCCAGCUGCUGCAGAUGGCCAACGAGAAGGCGCUCAAGCAGAAGGGCAUCACCGUCAAGCAGAAGAGUGUCUCGCUUUCUAGAAGGCAGUUCGUGCACUUGGCCGUCCACGCGGAGAACUUCCACUCGGAGAUUGUCAGCGUGAAGGAGAUGAGGGACAUCUGGUCGUGGGUCCCCGAGCGCUUCGCCCUGUGCCAGCCUCUGCUGCUCUUCUCCUCUCUGCAGCACGGCUACAGCCUGGCCAGGUUCUACUUCCAGUGCGAAGGGCACGAGCCCACCGUGCUGCUUGUCAAGACCACGCAGAAGGAGGUGUGCGGCGCCUACCUGUCCACAGACUGGGGGGAGCGCAACAAGUUUGGGGGCAAGCUUGGCUUCUUCGGCACCGGCGAGUGCUUCGUGUUCAGGCUGCAGCCCGAGGUCCAGCGCUACGAGUGGGUGGUCAUUAAGCACCCAGAGCUGACCCGGCCCGCAGCCCUGGAGGCCUGCACUGACCCCGCCCCGCUGCAGCCCUCGGGGUCCACCGACCUCAGCGAGCGCCUCUCGCCCUUCCUGGCCACUCGCCACUUCAACCUGCCCUCCAAGACCGAGUCCAUGUUCAUGGCCGGGGACAGCCAGUGCCUCAUCAUCGGAGGAGGCGGUGGCCAGGCCCUCUACAUUGAUGGGGACCUGAACCGUGGCCGCACCGGACACUGCGACACCUUCAACAAUCAGCCGCUCUGCACCGAGAACUUCCUGGUGGCCGCCGUGGAGGCCUGGGGCUUCCAGGACCCUGACACUCAGUGACCGGGACUCCUCCCAGAGGAGAGGAAGUGGGGGACCACCACGUGUGUAGGCAUUUGGGACAGUGUGGGGGGACCAGGUCCGACCCCCCGUUUUGCGACGUCCCUGAGCCUGACCCGGGGUGGAGUGGACCAAACCCCGGUGCGCUCACUGCGCCCCCUGCUGGUGCUUGGUGGUGGCGCCGCACCAACCCCAGGGAAAGGGUCCCCAAGGCUGUGCAGGUGGAGGUGGCCAGAGGACACCGGGACACCCCUUCCCUUCUUUCACACCUGCACCCCCCGGCUCAGGGACUCCACCGGCAGCUCCGUGACGGGCUUGAUCCCCUGAACCCCCUGCUGCUGCUUGUCACGCCCGACCCCAGCAUGGAGUGGGGCUGGGUAGUCACUGCCAGGGGCCCUGCCCCCACCCCGCGAGCCCAGCAGGACAGCCCAGCAGCCCGGUGGACUUUGACAUGCCAGCGAGCCUGUCUGGGACUCGGUUUCCCCAGCUGUGAAUUGGGACCAGUCACCCUGCCCCGCUGUCCCCCUGUGAAUAUUGAGAGCCCUGAGGGCUGGAAACAGCAGGGCGACCCCGAGCCCACUGCCCUGGCCCGCCCUGAGCUCAGUGUCAUUAAACAGUCUGUGAUCACCAGGA